AUGAUAAAUGUUGAGGUCUCUUCUCAGGAAUACCAUGUAUUUAUCAAUCAUUGUGGCAAGGAUGUGAAGAAGACAGUUGCUAGUCUUGUCUACCACACUCUCUCUAACAAACAACUCAAAGUGUUUCUCGACUACAAAUCACUUCAACAAGGGCAGCCUUUUCCCCUCACAAUUCAGCAAGCAAUUGCCUCAGCUUCCAUUCAUAUUGCUAUUUUUUCUAACAAGUACGCAGAAUCCGCGUGGUGCUUAAGGGAACUGUGCUUGAUGGAGGAAAGCGGAGCUUCCAUUAUCCCCAUCUUUUGUGGUGUUCGACCCCGCGACCUGCGAAAGAAUGGAGGAGUGUACUCAAAAUCGUUGAGCAAACAUCGUCUCACUCGCAGAGUGGACGGUGAGACUGUUGAGAAAUGGAGAGCCACGCUCCGAAGGAUUUCGUAUAAUUACGGAUUUCAAUUUCAAGGGUAA